GGUGAAGGCUCACUAACGCACGCGAUCGGAGACGCUCCGGCAAAAGAUACGAAUGACUCCGACCGCAAAUUUUCUGCCCGCCCCGAUUAAAAGUCAUGCUUUUCUCCCUCUUCCCUCCCCCCUCCCUACCCUGACCUUUUCUCCCAUUCGGCCUGGCCGUCCAUUCUUUCCCCCUAACCCAGGUCCUCCUCUCCUUCUUCCUCGUACCUGGGACUCUCCGCGCAAGAAGACGCAAUGGCGGAAACCAAAACGAACGACGGACCCCGCGACCUGGAAGCGCAGCCGGCGCAAUCGUCGUCCCUGACGCAGCGAUGGAUGCAAUCCGUUGAUCCCAAGCAUGCCGACCUCAUCUGUAUCCUGUUGUGUCUGGUCACCGGUCUCUGCGACAGCAGUGCCUACAAUGCCUGGUCAUGUUUCUUGGCCAUGCAAACCGGAAACACCAUUUUCCUUGGCCUCGGCGCGUCGGGCCAACCCGGUAACAAGCCAUGGGGCUGGCUGAAGUCGCUCGUCUCCAUCGCCGCCUUCUUCAUCGGCGCGUUCGUCUUCUCCAACAUCACCCGGCGUGUCGGCGCCCUCCGCCGCGGCACCCUCUUCGUGUCGUUCCUGGCGCAAACCAUCUUGAUUGUCAUCGCUGUCGCCCUGAUCGAAGCCGAUCUGAUCCCUCACACCUCCGAUGAUAUGACCUUGACCGGGGGGCCCUUGUUCCUGGAACUGAUCCCCAUUGCGCUGCUGGCGUUCCAGUCUGCCGGUUCCAUCACCUCCAGUCGCUCUCUCGGGUACAACGAGAUCCCCACUGUCGUGUUGACGAGUGUGUACUUUGACGUGGCGUCGGAUCCGAAACUGGCGCAGGUGCCGACGACGAACCCCAAGCGGAACCGUCGCAUUGGCGGCGUUGUCGCACUGCUGGUUGGAGCUAUCGUUGGCGGGUGGUUGAGCAAGAGCAGUGGCGGCAUGCAGUCAGCGCUGUGGAUGGCGGCUGGAUUCAAGUUCGUGAUUGGACUGGGAUGGUUGGUUUGGAAGGCGAAGAAGACGGAGACCAAGUAGGCGGGUUGACUAAAGGCUUAUGUAGAUGUUGGUGUUGUUGGA